AUGUCCCAAAUCACCUUUGACAGCCUCCAAAAUAUCCCUCUCUCCUACGCCUCAUGCUCAAUCGGUUGCAGUCCUACCCAUACACUCCCUCGCAGACUUGAAGCCAUCAGCGCCGCCGGCUUCAUAGCGAUCGAGCUAUCCUUCCCCGACAUCCUAGAAUAUGCCACCCAAUUCCUCGGCCGCCAAGUCGCCCCGAACAACUACCCCGAGUUACUCCCAGUAGCAGGCGAGAUCCGCAAGCUAUGCAAAGCAAACAGGCUAUCAAUCAUGAUGCUGCAGCCAUUCUCGAACUUCGAGGGUUGGAGUAAGGGUGCGGUAGAGCGGGAAGAGGCGUUUGCCCGUGCGACAGGCUGGAUGGAGAUUAUGGAUGUUGUCGGGACAGAUUUGUUACAGGUCGGAGCAACAGAUACACCCAAAGAACACCCCAACUUCAAAUGCAACAAAGAAGAAAUAAUCUCCGACCUCCGCACCCUCUCGGACAUCCUCUCAAAACGCAAUUACCGCCUCGCCUACGAAAACUGGUGCUGGUCCACCCACGCCCCAGACUGGAAAAGCGUAUGGGAAAUCGUGCAAGCGGUCGACCGCCCAAACUGCGGUCUAUGCCUCGACACAUUCCAAAAAGCAGGCAGCGAAUGGGGCGACCCGACUACGUCCUCAGGGAUAAUGGAAGAUGUAUCAAAAUCCGAGCUGAAGAAGCGGUUUGACGCGAGCUUGGAUGAGCUCGCCCGGACCUUGCCCGCGGAUAAGAUCUAUCUGCUGCAGAUCUCGGAUGCGUAUAAGGUUUCGCCGCCAUUGGACGAUAAGACUGUUGGUGGAUUGAGAGCGAAGGGUCGGUGGAGUCAUGAUUAUCGGCCUAUGCCGUAUAGCGGCGGGUAUUUGCCUAUUGAGGAUGUUGCUAGGGCUGUUUUGAGGACUGGGUUCCGGGGGUGGUUUUCUAUGGAGAUUUUUGAUAGUGGGCCGCAGGGCACUGGGAAGAAGUAUGAUAUGGGCUCGUUUGCUAAUAAGGCUAUGAAAAGUAUGCAGGCUUUUUUAAAGAAUUGUGCUACGGAUUGA